AUGGUUCUGCACUUUUACACCGCUGCUCUGGAAUCAAAGACACUACAGGAGCUCUUCGGUCUGUCAGCCACAACCUUCUCCAGAGUCCUGCACAAAGCUGAAGAAGCUCUUUCUGUUGCGUUGAAGGCAAUGAAGGAUGCGCGUAUCCAGUGGCCAUCCAAGAAGACCCAGGCAUUGUGGGCAAGCAAGACGCAAGAAAGAGAACCGCUUGUGACGGGCGUGUUUGCACUUGUGGAUGGGAAGAACUUUCGCGUCCAGAUCCCUACCAACGCUGAUCUAAAAAAUGCGCAGUACAACGGUUUGUGUGCCUGUCACUUUACUGUUUAA